AUGUCCGGAGAGGAGUUGCGGGCCGCCAAGGCCCAGCCCCGCAAGAGCAAAACUCUGGAGUUUCCUCCUGGUCUUCAGGAACAAUACUGUAAUUUUUGUACAGAAAACUACCUGAAAACUAAUCCUUUUAUAGUGUAUGUACUUCAAGGAGUGGACAAAGAAAUUAAUGAGGGAUGGGAAGAAGGAAUCAUAUUAGACAUUGCUGGCAACAGUAAGUCAGUCCUGGUUGCAGGAGAAAGAAUAACAGGGGAAGAUUUUUGGGUUCUCUACAAGAUUUUAAAGAAUCAUCCAUAUAUCCAUGGUUUGGAUGUUAGAUACAACCUCAUAGCAGAUACUGGUGCCUACUAUGCAGCAAAACUGCUUCAGAGACAACCAUCUAUCACUUACUUAAAUCUAAUGUUUAAUGACAUUGGGCCUGAAGGAGGAGAAGUGAUUGCUAAAGCACUGCGUAAGAACACAACUCUGAAAUACCUCAGAAUGACUGGAAAUAAGAUUGAAAAUAAAGGUGGCAUGUUUUUUGCUGCAAUGCUACAAAUUAAUUCAUCCUUAGAGAAAUUAGACCUUGGUGACUGUGACCUGGGAAUGCAAAGUGUGAUAGCAUUUGCUACAGUGCUAACUCAAAACACAGCAAUUAAGGGAAUAAAUCUAAAUCGACCUAUAAUGUAUGGAGAACAGGAAGAGUCUACAGUCCAUAUAGGCCACAUGUUGAAAGAAAAUCACUUCCUUAUUGAAUUACACAUGUGUAAACAUGAUAUAAAAAAUUAUGGUAUGCAACAGUUAUGUGAUGCACUGUAUCUGAACUGCAGCCUACGCUACCUUGAUGUCAGCUGCAAUAAAAUAACUCGUGAUGGAAUGGUACACUUGGCUGAGGUACUGAAAAGGAACACUACCCUGGAAGUAAUAGACCUUUCUUUUAACAGAAUAGAAGAUGCGGGAGCAGUCUAUCUCAGUGAAACCCUCCAUUCCCACAACAGGAGUCUCAAAGCACUAUCUGUAGCCAGUAACCAGAUCAAGGGAGAAGGACUGGUUGCACUUUCACAGUCAAUGAAAACAAAUCCCACGUUAUCACAUAUCUAUAUUUGGGGAAACAAAUUUGAUGAGGCUACAUGUGUGGCAUAUUCAGAUUUAAUACAAAGUGGCCGGCUGAACCCAGACCACACCGAUGUGGAGCCGUAUGUGGUGGAUGAGCACGUGUAUCUUGCGGAAGUCUCCAAUGGCCUUAAAAGGCAUUAUUACUGGACACCAACUUUUGGAGACACUUACGUUCCUUCAUCAAGUGCAGGCUUUGCUCUUGUUCCAGUAGGUCAACACCUCUGAAAAACAAGCUCUAAAAUACAUUUCUUGUUAUGUUUAAGAGAUUAAUAUUUGAUAGGAUAUUUUUCUUUCAUAAACUAGAACAUAACUUUUACCAAAUGCAUACAACUUUGUGUAGCAUCCUGCUGUGGCCCAGGCUGACCUGGAAUUUACUAUGUACUCUCAGGGUGGCUUCGACCACAUAGUGAUCCUCCUACCUCUGCCUCCCAAGUGCUGGGAUUAAAGACCUGGACCAUCAAACAUACACAACUUUGUAUAGCUGUUCACCAUGGAAAACUUUUUUUUUCAACUAAAUUUUAUAUUACAAAGGCAAAAAUUUUAAACCUGAAGAAACCAAGGGAUCAUAUUAAUGCUUUUUAAGAAUAUUUGAGAGAGUUUGUGUAUGGGUGUUCCAGGGCCUCUUGCC